CACUGGAAUGCCUUUCAGCAGCAGAAGACCUGCCUUGUAACAUCUGAGACCAGCCAGGGAGUCUAGCAGAAAAUGCAAUGGGUGCUCUACCCUUUGAGCUGCAGUCCCCCAGGGAACAUCUGUGACCGAGCCCACCCGGCCUGUGCACUCCAGACCCACACACUCUACUGUCCCCACGGCUUCUGAUUAUUCCAUAUGUAAAUGUAAUUACAUCUGGGAUGUUGCCCUGGGACUAGAGCUCUAUGCCACUCCCAUGGUCAGCGCGUGUGCCUCUCGGCAGCACAGCUCGCUGCAGUCCUGGCAGCAGUGACCUGCCGGUGCGUUAACAUUGCGAGGCAUUACUCUGUGCAAAACACAUUUGUUGCCUUUCCAACAUGACGUGCUCUGACAUCCCACUCCAUGAAACGCUCCAGCAGCAGCCCCAGCUUAGGUAACACCCCUCAUCCAAACACGUCUCCUCACUGAACGCCAGAGCAAAAGUCCCAUCACAGUGUCCACCAAUGGCAUGGACUCACCAACCGGUGCAUUAUUUACAGGAGACCUUAUCAACAUCCAGCCCUUCGUUUUCAGUAUUUUUUGUUAAGCCCUGCUGUAGACAGUGAUGUAUACUUCCACCAGUGUUCUCCGUUUAAGUGCCAGGUAGCUUUCAGCAUCGUAUUACCGGAUGCUCAGGCCUGUCUGUCUUUUUCCUUGAUUGACGACGAUAGGGCAAUGUGUAUGUAUCUCCUCUGUUCUUCGUUUCAGAUGCUGCAGACUGUGUCCAGCUGAUCUCUCUCUCCUCUUUUUUUUUUUUUUUUAAGGACACAUUAAAUAUUUAAACCACUUGAGGCUCUUUUGAAACGGUCACUAAUGAAAAUGCUGUACAUGGAUGUUGCUCCCUGUUGUAACUUUACUGAAGAGCUAGGACUCAGAUCCCUUUGUUCCCAGAUGGUAUUUUUACGUGAAUAUUUUCAAAGACUCAGAACUUAGGCGCCUUACAGAGAAGGUGGGGUGAGUUUCUGUGGUUGGCCAUGCUGCGGCAGCACAUCUUAAGACCAAGCCUUUCACACAGCUCUUUUUAUUCCCCUGAGAGAUAAGUGCCCAGGUAGGCAGAGGUUUAACUUGUUUUACCAUCUCAAUGGCAACAGCGAAACAGAAGUGCUAAUUGCGUAAGUCGGAGGGAGGCUCCCUGUGAAUCAGGUCUCAGGGAAGCACACGGAGUUUAAAAUAGUGCUGGCCGUGCUGCAGUCCUCAGAAGCAAAUAUUUAGUGUGGGCAGGAGCCAGUAGCUUGCAUUCCUCUCCAAAGUGAUUUUUGGCAGAGUUUGCAUUCCCCUGGGGGCUUUCUCUUCCACAGCACUAGCUGCAUUUCUGCUAGCAGGGAAGGGUGACUGAUCUCUCAUCAUGCCAGCCCCGGGGUCUUUUUGCUCUUGCUAGUUUUGCCUGUUUGCAAAGGUUUGUGCUAAGCCUGGCUCAGUGAGGCCUUAGCACAGGCCUAACAGUUUCACGAAGCAUCAGGGACAAAACCCACUCAGCGGGAUGGUGCUCUGUGCCGCAGGCAGUUCAGAUAGAUGUAUCUUCCUCCCCAAAGCUCUGAGCCAUUCACAGCUGGCUCAGACAAUGUGACAGCCCAGCCCGUAGAGCAGUAGCCUGAAUUAACAAGCAUAGGUCCAGCGAAGGCAACCUACAGCAUGCCAUUGAGCAUGCCAACCUGGGGCCAGCUCUGCAGUGAUUUUGUUCCCCAGUUAAAUUGGUUAUGAGGACUCAGCACAAUAUACCUCACCUUUCCUUGAAAUCAUUCGCUGCUUCAUGGAUACGCCCCACACUCCAGAUAGACAAAAGCAGCAUAAUUCGAGCACUGCCCCUUGAGCCUUGGGCCAUUAAUGGUUAACAGCUUGUGCCCAGCCCUGCCACUCACUCACUCAUUCAUCAGUGCGCAUGGCCUUGGGAAGGAAACACUGAAUGCAGGAGGCAGCCUCGUGACCACCCUGGGCACCAUGAAGCGGCCAGGGCUCCUUCCUGGCCUGGCACAGCCUUGAAGACAUCGUCUCCCUCCCACGCAAGCAACAAAAUCAUCCCCAAGCAAUUGCUGGGCACACUGUAAAUGAAGCAAAUCUGGCUGGCACUUUGCUUUGUGCUGGUUCUCACGAGAAGCAAGGAAAUGCUGGAAAGACAGUGAAAAGCCUAAUGGAGUCCCAGCGGAGCUCGGCCUGAACCAGCCCCAACAGGCUGCUGGGCUGAGGCAGAACAGCAGCAGCUCGGCCCCAGCCAGGAACCAGCCCCUCAGCUUGGCUCAAUGUAUCUCAAACUUCGUUGGCAAAGCCCAAUCCCCUGGCAAUAUUUAAGCUGUGCUGUCAGCUGGCUGGAGGCUGCUGGUGCCGUGCGCAGGGGAGCAGAAUGAGACCUGGCUGGACACAAUAAAUGCACCCGGAGGAAGAGGAGUGCCGCCCUGACCAGCAGCCAUGGAGAGCACCCACAGCACUCCGCGUGGCACCUCCAUCAUGCCCAAGUGGGAUCCGUUUCCUCAGCACACGCUGGAAGCCGUAGACAUUGUUGUCCUCGUCCUGUACUUCCUCUUUGUCCUGGCUGUCGGGCUGUGGUCCAUGUGGAAGACCCAGAGGAACACGGUGAAGGGCUACUUCCUGGCUGGUGGGGACAUGGUGUGGUGGCCCGUGGGCGCCUCCCUGUUUGCCAGCAAUGUGGGCAGUGGGCAUUUCAUUGGCCUGGCAGGAUCUGGGGCAGCCUCGGGUAUCGCUGCUACAGCCUACGAGUGGAACGGCAUGUUCUGUGUCUUGGUGCUGGCCUGGCUAUUCCUUCCGAUUUACAUAGCAGCAGGGGUCACCACCAUGCCCGAGUACUUGAGGCGCCGCUUCGGAGGCAAAAGGAUCCAGAUCUUCCUGGCGGUUCUCUACUUGUUCAUCUACAUCUUCACCAAGAUCUCUGUGGACAUGUAUGCGGGGGCCCUGUUCAUCCAGCAGGCGCUGCACUGGGACCUCUACGUGGCAGUCACGGGUCUGCUGGCCAUCACAGCAGUGUACACGGUAGCAGGUGGCCUGGCAGCUGUAAUCUACACGGACACCCUGCAGACCUUUAUCAUGCUGAUCGGGGCGCUAACGCUCAUGGGUUUCAGCUUUGCUAAGGUUGGUGGGAUUGAAGCUCUGCAAGCCAAAUACUUCAGUGCCAUUGCCAGCAGUCACAAGGCAAACAGCAGCUGUGGCUUGCCGCGAGACGAUGCCUUCCACAUUUUCCGAGACCCUGUCACCUCUGACCUCCCUUGGCCAGGCGUUCUGGUUGGAAUGACCAUCCCGUCCCUUUGGUACUGGUGUACAGAUCAGGUCAUUGUCCAAAGGUCCCUGGCUGCUAAGAACCUCUCUCAUGCCAAAGGAGGCUCACUGAUGACUUCCUACCUGAAGAUCUUGCCCCUCUUCAUGAUGGUGAUGCCAGGCAUGAUCAGCCGGAUCCUCUUCCCAGAUCUGGUGGCUUGUGCGGACCCAGAGGUCUGCAAGCAAAUCUGUGGCAACCCGUCCGGCUGCUCUGACAUUGCCUACCCCAAGCUGGUCAUCGAGCUCCUGCCCCUAGGGCUCCGAGGCCUGAUGAUGUCAGUGAUGAUCGCGGCCCUCAUGUCCUCCCUGACAUCCAUUUUCAACAGUGCCAGCACCAUCUUCACCAUUGACCUGUGGCGCCACAUCCGGCCCCGCUCCUCAGAGUGGGAGCUCAUGGUUGUUGGCAGGGUGUUUGUGCUGCUGCUCGUCGUGGUCUCCAUCCUGUGGAUCCCACUGGUGCAAGCCAGCCAGGGGGGGCAGCUCUUCAUCUACAUCCAGUCCAUCAGCUCCUACCUGCAGCCCCCAGUGGCCAUGGUUUUCAUCCUGGGCUGCUUCUGGAAGAGGACAAAUGAGAAGGGUGCGUUCUGGGGCCUAGUGGUGGGGCUGCUGCUGGGCCUCGUUCGGAUGGUGCUGGACUUCAUCUACCCCCAGCCGCAGUGCAGCCAGCCAGAUACCAGACCCGCUGUGGUGAAAUACGUGCACUACCUCUACUUCUCCAUGAUCCUUGCUGCCAUCACUACCAUCACGGCCAUGGUCGUGAGCCUGCUGACAGACCCCCCUUCAGAGGAAAUGAUCAGUCGUCUUACCUGGUCCACCCGCUGGGAUCCACCACCCACGAAAGCUGCAGCUGGUGGCUCUUUUCCUGAUGCUGUAAGUGGAGGAGGCAAAGCUGAGCGUCCGGCCGUCCCGAUGGAUUUCAGUGUUGCUUCUGAAAGCAUUCCCAACGACAACACAAGCGCUGCCUGCACCAAAAGGCGCUCCAAGGCAACGAGGAUCUUCCUGUGGCUCUGUGGGAUGGAGAGCCAACACGAGCGUUCCCCCGAGGACGCAGCUCCCACCAAGCCCGAGCCGGUUGUGGCUGCCCUGCAUGAGGACCCGUUGGUGAAACACGUCCUGAAUGUGAACCUGAUCCUCUGCAUGUGCGCCGGGAUCUUUCUCUGGGGCUACUAUGCCUAGCGCUUUGCCACAGGACACCAGGGACACCGUCACCUAAUCCCAGGCCUUCCUGUUUAGAUGGGUGUAAAUAGUAAUAAUUAUUAACUAAGAGGUGCUGCAGUC